AUGCGUGCGCCCAACCUAUCUCUGGCUGGGUCCUCGCCGGGUGUUGUCCCAAGGCCUUUUGACCCCGCCCUCCCCCCCCGCCCGCCCCAUCUCCCGAGCCCCGCCUCUCCCUCGAGCUCUCCAGCCCCUGCUUGGCUUGUGUCCCUAGUCGGUGAGAUUUCGGCUUCGAGACCCCAUGCCAGUUUCACGUUUGCUGCUUGCAUCCCAUGGGUUGGGAAUGAUGGGAGUUCUUUCCCGCCCCAAUCCAGACUCAACCACGCUGGGAUUUGCUCCACAGUCCCCCAGUUCCAGGUUCUGGAUUAUGUUCCAUGGCAGCGGUCCAAGCAGAAAGCCAAGCCAUCUACUCUGCCUCCGAUCCCACGAGCUGUCAACACUCAGAAAAGCAAAAUGAAGACCUGGACUACCAUCCAGCCAGGGUUGCAAUCCAAGCCCACCUUGUGGAUGACAAGUCAGCCGAGGAAUCCACUAGAACUGCGCAGAGGAAAGUUGGACUCGGGGAAGACACAGACCAAAAUCCGACUAGUGAGAACGAUGCUCAGGAACCGGCGAACCGCGCACCAGGAGCUCUGCAACCACGAGGACUUCCUCACCAAGCUCUGUGGGGAACUGAUCAAGACCAUCCAGGACACGGACGACAGCUCGGCCCUGAAAGUGCGGGUGAUGCUGCAGCAGGAGGACGUCUUCACGACCAUCGCUGACAUCUUGGAGUACUCAAACAAGAAGAAGCUGCACCAGAUGAAGUGUGAGCUUCAGGAAUGGGAGGAGAAGGAGGAAUCCAGGAUACACAACCUGGAGCAGCAGGUGGAACAGCUGGAUGCCAAGAUCGAGAAGGUCCACAAGAAAGUGAGCUUCAUGAGCACUUACAUGGACCGUGAGUAUCCCAUCAAGUCGGUCCAGGUUGCCAACCUUGUGCGCCAGCUGCAGCAGGUGAAGGACAGCCAGCAGGAUGAGCUGGAUGACCUCAGUGAGAUGUGCAGAAUGGUCCUGGCAUCUAUGUCCAACCAGAUUCAGAAUAAGAAAAAAAACCUACUGAGGUCUCUGGUGGUGAAAAUCCAGCGUGCUCAUCAGGAAACGCUCCUGCAGAAGACUUGGAAUAGCCAGCUCAUACUGAAAUACAUGGACAAGUUCCGAGAACUUAUAGACCAUUUUGAGGAGGAAAUACCCGUAUUAAGGGCUGAGGUGGAGCAGCUCCAGUUUCAGAUCUGGGAACCCCGAGAGAUUGUGUUUGCGGACGUUCUGCUUCGGAGAUCCAAGUGCACCCCUAACAUGGACAUCAUCCUCAACAUCCCUGUGGAAGAGCUGCUGCCCUUCUAGAUGGCGGGGCGAUGGGCCACCCCUCCCUCCCUGGUCUCUUCCCCACACCCAGAGCCUUGAGUUCUCUCCUUCCAAGCCCACGUCCCCAUCCAGACCUGGUCUGCAGUUCCUUCCUUCCUCCUGCUCCCUCCCUCCGUCCUUUCCUCCCUUGCGUGCUUCCUGUUUCCUGUCCGCUUCCUGCGUCCCCCUCUCCCUCCAUGCUUUUGGUUGGUGCUUCUACCUGAGCCAGGUAGGAAUUCCUAGUCAAGUCCUUUUUACCAAUAAAGCUGGGUUUGCCUUUUGCCAGUGCCUGGGGCUUCCUGAGAAGCCUAGGCAGAAGUGGAUUUUGUCUUAAGAUUAGGGGUGGGCAACUGUGCUGCCUGCAUCUGGGGCUCCAAACUUCUUGAGAAGUGCUGGAGCGCCGCCCCCUGCCUGAGUCUCCAUGGUUCUGUGGCUCCGGGCCACCCCCUCCCUGGUGCAGUGCGACUCCAGUUUCUCACCUGAUUUGUGCCCAGACCUGUUGAGGCCAGUUCCGGGAUGGAGGGGGGAUUCCUUGAGUUGGAUACACCUGGGAACUUGCUGGACCUUCACUGCUGCUGGCCGUCUCUUUUCCAGUCCAGCCGUCUGUCUGUCCACCGCUUCUACCCCAACGGUGUGUGGACGUGAACACCAACUCAUCCUCAGGUGCCUAGUCAGGCGCUGUUCCCUGCCACAUACUCUUUCACGAUGGACUUAAGAGGGGCGCUGCCUGGACCCCUCUCCAGCAACGGCUUUUGCUCCGGUU